AUGCGAGAAAUUGCAGAGGCUUGGAAGAAGGUUUGCUAUGUGAAGAUUCUGACUAAAGGUUCGAUGAUAACUCUUGAAUACAAAGGUUGGUUUGGUAAGAGGGUCAAUGAUAACAUCCUUAGACCGAGUUUGGAGGCUGCUCGAUCAAUGGAGGAGAAUUUACGAGUGAUUCCAUCAGAGUUAGAGGUCAUAAAGCAAGAGUUCGAAAGAAAGAGUUUAGAGCUUGGAAGAAAGAUAGAGAGGCUCGAGGAGGAAAAGAUGUACCUAAGCUUAGACAUUGACGUUCAGAAAAUUAAGGUCGAAAAAGUAAGGAAAGAAAAGAGGAAGAUUGAGGAAGACCGAGAUGACUUGAAGACGCAGUAUAAGAAGACACAGCUAUCAUUGAAGAGAGCUGGAUUGAGGAAGUCUUCAGAACAGUGGCAACAAGAGGUUCAAGAAGAAAGAGCCAAGGUGACUGAGCUUGGACGAUCUCUUCAUCAUCACCGAAGUCGUAACUCUGCGGUCGAGUUAAAGGCAAGCCUGGAUAAGAUUGAGGAAAUGAAGCACAAUAUUGAAGGGUUGGAAGCAGCACUACAGGACUAUGAGCUGCGGAUUGAGCAGCUCGAGGCAAGGGAAGAACAUUGGAAGGAAGAGCUUCACCACUUUCAGGAUCAUCAGAGAUAG